UUUUUAUACAAGAAGAAAAGUGACAUUAAUUUUUUUAUACAAAAAGAAGAGUGACAUAAAAAAAAGUGACAUUAAAGAUUAAUUUACCCAAAAAGACAAUAGAAAGUGAUACAAAAGAGACAAUAUACAGUGACACAGAGAGCAACAACAAGGAAAAUUGUGGAACCAGCAGCAAGGAGAGACGGACGGACACACGCAGCACAACAACACCAACAACAACCGAGACCCAAAACCCAAAAUCAAAAUAUGGCCGCUUACUUGCCCAACCAGGACUACCGUCUGGACGAUCGCAGCCGUAGCCCAGCCUCAUCUGCCCGUCCUACAGCAAGAAGCGCCAACAGACCCUUACGGCCAAUCCAACGUCCCAGUUCCACAUCCCCUGAAAGACGUCAACGAAGUCGAUCCGAUGCAAGACCCCGCCAACGCCAAGAAAGACCAAGCUACUGGCAAUAUUCAUGUGGACUAUGCCAAGAAGACCAUGCCCUCAGUGCCUGUGAGAGGUUCCGCCGGCAGACGCCCUUUCAGCGGUAUGAGACCGUGGAGCGUCGGGGGUAUUGCCGAAAUUGCCUGGCGAGAAGUCAUUUGGCCCCCGACUGCCCGUCUUUAACUGGUUGCCGGAGAUGCAACUACCGGCACCAUACCCUAUUGCACGGGGCGUCUCAAUUGGAAGAGGUAUCCCUAAAUAUAGAAGCCGUCACCACCCCAGCUUUCGCGUGGGACUUAGUAUUUGUACCGACGGCUAUGGUACGCAUAACGGCCGAGGGUAUGGAGGGUUUCAGCAUGUUGCGGGCCAUAGUUAGCCAAUCGGCGACGAUGUCCAAGAUCUCAUAUGCAGCGUUCCGUCGCCUGGGUCUGCAGUCGCGAGAGUACAAAGGGGAGCGAUUCACCACCUUCACAGUUUCGCCCCGCCGCACGAACAGUACUUGGAGUCUGAAGGUAAAUGCCGUAAUUAUCGAAGAUCUCCCAAGACGCAUUUACUCGGACCCAAUACUUGAAGACCCCACUAGAUGCUUCACGAGCUACGCCUUAGCUGACCCUGAUCCCAGAGGAAAUAGUCCGAUCGAUGUGGAACUGGGAGCGGACACGUACUCCGCCAUAAGGAAAGAUGGGUGUACAGCAGCUGGAAUUGGAGAUGUCCUGGCCUACAACACACAACUGGGCUACGUGUUUGCUGGGCCAAUCAAGAACAUGCCGAGGAACUGAAGACCGAAGAUCCUUAUGGUAUAUUAGAAAUGAAUACUUACACUUGUCAUUCGGGGCCCAGAAAAUGUUCAUAAUAUUGCUAUUAAUUUGCCCAACACUGUUGGUUGGGCAUUUACCGGCGGCCGCAUAAAUGGCAUCAUAACAAAAUGAUGUAAAUAAUGUAAAUACAUACACAUACACACAUACAUUUAUGCAGCCACCGGUAAAUUCCAAUGCUGAAUUCUAAUAACUAAGCAUCGUCAACAGCCAAAACAGGUUUGAUGUGACGAUGCAAAUUUGGCAAUAAUCAGUUCUCAUGUAAUUACCGUCGCGAGCGCAAGUUUCCCCCCCGAGUGACAAGUGUCUGUGCAAAAAUAAAAGGAAAAAAAACUAACAACAUUUAUAUAUUACAAAAACCAGUGAACAUUGAAAUACAACAAAAGGUAUCAAAAUUACGAAAAAACAGAAUAUUACAAAAUUAUCUAUGUUAAACAAAAGCUUUCUACAAAUACAAUAUACAACAAAAAGAAUAAUUGUGAAACUAAUUGCUAAAACUUACCUGCUAACUUAAAACUUAUAAUUAAGAUAAAACUUAAAACCUAUUGAAUUACAAACUAAAUAUAAUUAUCUAAAUAAAGCAAAUCUUAUGAACUAGUGAAAACUUAAAACUAUUUUAUAUCUAAAAUUGCACUACCCCAAAAUCCAAAUAAAAGAACUAAAAAUUAAAAGAAAAA